AUGGGACAGUCGAUCUCUACGGAUCGCAGAGCAAUCUCUGAGCUUCGCAGAGCAGCUGAGCUUAAAAUGCUUAAUGACGACUUUAUGGAGGCCGAAAUCGUGCUGAAAAAUUUGCAGCUCGCACAGGAAAGUGCUGUCAAGUAUCUUCAGGAUUUCGCUGUUCCUAUUGCACCUCUUAUAAUGGGACUUGGAUAUAGAUAUGAUUGCGCUUUCGGAACCAAUCAUGAGCUGGUUAGAGAUAAAGCUGAGGCUAUGCUACGAAAAAAUGAUGAACGAUUGAAAAUGAUUGGAGGACCGUUGACGCUUAACGAGGUUGACGCAUACCGAGAACGGCACUUUCAAUGA